GGGUAAAGGAGUGACGAUAAUGGAUCGCUUGUUUCACUUGCAUGCAAAUGAGCAGGUGUGCCUGUCUUUCGCCAGUGCUCCAUCCUCAGGUAGAUAGCUCACUGGCUUCAAUACGUAACCCAGGACUUUCAGAGCAAAAGGAUACAAGAGUUGGAUUCGGCUUCAGCGGACAUGCUUGCAGGAAUGACCGCUCUGCUGCCUGGAGUUGAACAUCCCGAACACAUUUUAGGAAAUGUUGCGUUUAACUUAAGAUCAUAAUUAUUUAUUUGAGCAAGUAUUGUCAUUUCCUUUCACAAAGAGCACCUUUUAUUUCUCUUCAAAUGGCCAAAAAGAAAUCUCGCAGUUCAGAGUGUUCAGACAUCAGCUGGGAGGUGCAAGCCAACUCUGCCCAUUUCCAUAAACAACUGCAGAGAAAGUCAUUCUUCUUUUUCCAAUGGGGGCGAUAUGCGGACAAUACCAUACGCAGUCACAAAUACACCCCUCUGAACUUCCUGCCGUACACGAUUUAUGAGCAGUUCCAGCGUUUUGCAAACUUCUACUUCCUUCUGAUAGUGAUAAUGCAGUGUGUGCCUGUCAUCGCCACCAUCCCGUGGUACAUCACUGUGUUCCCUCUGCUCAUAGUCCUGUUUGUGCGAGCGCUCAAGGAUUUGGUCUCUGAUCUGGGGCGCAGACGCAGUGAUAAACAGAUCAACAGCAGGUCCUGUGAUCUUCUAACUUCAGGAGGAUUUAAAACAGUCCAGUGGAAAGAUGUGUGUGUUGGAGACGUGCUGAGGAUUCAUAAAGACCAAAUCAUACCAGCGGAUCUUCUUCUUUUAUCCAGCACUGAGCCGCACAGUCUGUGCUAUGUGGAAACCGCUGACAUAGAUGGAGAGACCAACCUCAAGUUUCGCCAGGCGCUGGCUGCUACCCACAAUGCACUGUCCUCUGACCUGCUGGAGCAGAGCCUCUCAAGCUUCAACGGUGUGGUGUUUUGUGAGGAGCCCAAUGGCCGCCUCUACUCCUUCGACGGGGAGCUCCGGUGGAGCGGGGCGACCCACAGGCUGAACACCGAGCACAUCCUUCUCAGAGGGACAGUGCUGCGAAACACCGACCACGCGUACGGCCUCACCAUAUAUGCAGGCGCGGACAGUAAGAUCAUGAAAAACUGUGGCAAGGUGAUAGUGAAGACAACCCAAGUGGAGAGGAUCCUCAACAGGGUUAUUCUGGCGAUCAUGACAUUUGUGCUGCUUGUGGACCUGCUGUUGGCUGUUGGCUCAGGUGUGUUUGAGCACCAGGUGUCCUCGCGCCUGGAGCCGCUGGCGGCCCUGGGGGGCGGCUCGAGUCCAGCCUACCUAGCCUUCCUCACCUUCUGGGGCUACGUGAUCCUGAUGAGCCCUGCCAUCCCCAUGUCCAUGUACAUCUCGUUUGAGGUGAUGAAAGUGAUCCAGAGUCUCUUCAUCAACUGGGACCUGCAGAUGUACCACGCAGACACCGACAAUCCCGCUCACGCACGGAACACCUCGCUCAACGAGGAGCUGGGUCAGGUGGGCCACCUGCUCAGCGACAAAACCGGCACCCUGACCCAGAACCGCCUGCUCUUCCGCCAGUGCUGCAUCGCUGGGGACAUCUACGGGGAUAUGCCAGCCCAUUCAGAGAAUCAAAAGCCUCUGGACCUGAGCUGGAACCGCUUCUCCUGUGGCGGGCUGCAGUUCUGGGACCAGCGGCUGGUGGAUCGGCUGGUCAAGCAGCGCUGCCCGCAGACCAGAGAGUUCUUCACCGCGCUGGCGCUGUGCCACACCGUCAUGACAGAGUGGAAGGAGGGGGUUCCACAUUACCAGGCUGCGUCUCCUGACGAGGAGGCCCUGGUGGGAGCGGCGCGGGAGAUGGGCUGCGUCUUUCUCUCCCGGACGAGAGACUCGCUCACCAUCAGCGAGCUGGACCACACGCGCCAGUAUCAGCUCCUGUCUCUGAUCGACUUCACCAGCAAGAGGAGGCGCAUGUCUGUGUUGGUAAGGGAACCCAGUGGAGAGCUGAAGCUGUACUGUAAAGGGGCAGACAUGGUCAUCCUGGAGAGGCUGCAGAAGGACUGUCCACACAAGGACAGCAGCGACAGAGCUCUGGACCUGUUUGCCCAGGGCUGCUUGCGCACCCUGUGUGUGGCCGUGCGCCCGGUCACUGAGGCCCUGUGGUCUGAGUGGGGGCGGGCCCUGGAGCAGUGUCAGGCCGAGACGUCUCAGCGCGAGGCCAGGCUCGAGGAGCUGCACGACCGCAUGGAGAGAGAGCUUACGCUGCUGGGAGUGACGGCCAUCGAGGACCGGCUCCAAGAUGGAGUCCCCGAGACCAUCUUCACUCUCCGGCAGGCAGGCAUCAAGGUGUGGGUGCUGACUGGGGACAAAACAGAGACGGCGGUGAACGUGGGCUACGCCUGCAGGCUAAUAGAUCCUGACACCAGCCUCCUGCAAGGAGACGAGCUCAGGCAGCUUCUUCAGUCUUCUGACUCCGAUGUAAAGAUUCUCCAGGACAAGAAAUCAGAAAUAUGGUGCACAGACAAAUGGAAGUCCAGGGAAAAAACUACAAUAGUCGUCAAUGGACUAGAGCUGGCGGAACUGCUUAAUGAGCCAGAGAGUGGGGCCAGGUUUGUGGCACUGGCCAACCAGUGCCAGUCCGUGCUGUGUUGCCGGGUGACCCCCAGCCAGAAGGCCGAGGUGGUGCAGCUGGUGCGGAGGCACACCUCCUCGGUGACCCUGUCCAUCGGCGACGGGGCCAACGACGUCAACAUGAUCAAGACGGCACAUGUUGGCGUGGGAUUAUACGGGGUCGAGGGCAGCCAGGCCGUCCAGAACGCGGACUUCGCUCUGGCCCAGUUCCGGUUCCUGCGCAGGCUGCUCCUGGUGCACGGCCACUGGUCCAACCUGCGGAUCUGCCUCUUCCUGCGCUACUUCCUGUACAAAACCACGGCCUUCGCUUUCGUGCACAUCUGGUACAGCUUCUUCAGUGGCUUCAGUGCCCAGCGUCUGUAUGAGAGCUGGUUCAUUUCUCUGUACACUGUCAUGUACACCGCCCUGCCUGUGCAGUGUCUGGCAGUUUUUGAGCAGGACGUGAGUGCAGAGGGCUGCGUGCGUUGGCCAGAGGUCUACCAGAAGGGCCAGAGACUGGAACACUUCAGCCCACGGGCUCUAGUCACCACCCUGCUCUACUCCCUCUACACCUCCCUGGUCCUCUGCCUGCUGCCACUGGGGGUAUUCCAGUACCUCGCACUCGACUACCAGACCUUGGCCGUUACCGUGGGAACAUCGGCAGUGUUCACAACAACAGCUGAGAUAAUUAUUCAAACUAAGUACUGGACCAAGUACAACGCUGCAGCAGUGAUCCUCAGUUUAGUGCUGUACUUUUUGUCCACACUGAUUCUGCACAGUCCUCGUCUUCACUCCAGGUCCCCUAAUGACUACAUAUUCCCUGGAGUGUCAAUAAAUGCCUUUGGAGACCCUGUGGUGUGGCUUACUGUUCUAUUGACCACCUGUACUUCCAUCCUUCCGUCAAUGGCAAUCCAGGCCCUGGAUGUGCUGCUGACUCGCUCCAACACACACAGGGUCCGGAGCCAGAGCAAUCCUGUGCUCACUAAGAUGAACACAACUCCGUUCCACCGCGGAUCUGUCCAGCGUCGGUCCUCGUACGCCGUCUCCCAGGGGAAGGGCUUCGGUCGCCUCAUCACCUCCGGGGCAAGUCUCCGCGGCGAUGUCCCUCCGCAGCGAGGCCCACUUCCGAUGGGGACGGACUCGCACACGCCUCUGCAUCUCCCAGGCAACACCCAGGGAGACAGUGCUGAUAUCAUAUAAAAGAAAACCCAUGCCCCCUUGUGAAAGAAUGGGAUCUGUA